UCUAAAAAUGGAAACCAGACUAACGAAGCUAACCUAUGCUUCUUUUGUUAGGUAUUUGAGAUGAUCCUUAAUCCUGGAGAUAAUAUCCUCGUAAAUGAACCUAUUUAUUCAGGAACAAUUCAUGCUGUGCAACCACUGGGCUGCAACGUUAUUAACAUUUCCAGUGAUGAGCACGGGAUUAUUCCAGACUCCCUCAGAGAAAUACUUUCCAAAUGGAAACCAGAAGAUUCAAAGAACCCCAAGAAAAACACCCCCAAAUUUCUUUAUACUGUCCCAAAUGGCAACAACCCUGCCGGGAACUCAUUAACAACUAACCGCAAAAAGGAAAUCUAUGAGCUCGCAAGAAAAUACGACUUCCUCAUCAUAGAAGACGAUCCUUACUAUUUUAUGCAGUUCAACAAGGUAAGUGCAGUGUCAACUCAACCCACAAUCAGCAGACAAGUGGCU